AUGGCAGAGUCAACUUUUGAUAUCAAGUUUAUUGCAAUCAAUCAGAUUGCCUAUACGUUUAAUAAACUUGCAAGUAUAAAUAGUAAUGAUGACAAUAGAGAGCUGCUCAUUGGGAUGGCCAUUGAAUGUUUGGCUUUGAUGGAACAGUAUCAAACGCUACAUCCUUCUUAUACCACAUUAUUAGCCUAUUUGGCCGCUGCUGAGAAUGUUGAUAUUACAAUUUAUAAUAGUCAAUGGGCAAUGAGUAUAAAACAGAAAGCUAAUGUCUAUAUCACAAACUUGCUCGAGGAGAUGAAAUUGAUAUUCGCCAAAACAAACAGCGCAUUGAAACCAGAACAAGCUCAAGAGCUAUUUGUAAAGGUGAGAAAAGGUGUCAUUAUUCGAAUAAUACAAACAGAGUACCAAGAAGCAUUAAGUUUACUUGACAAAUUUGCUUCAAUAGUGGAAUUCUCGACUCAGCCAAAAGUAAGACAACAGUUUCUUGAUAACAGGUUUAUUGAGUAUCUAUUCUUGAAAUAUAUUGGUAACUUGUUUAGUUUGAUCUGGUUUCCCUUGGACGACAACAAGUAUACAAUUGCAUCAGGCGUCUAUGUCAAAGAAGGCGAUAAAUUGCUAUACUCGAGUUCCUCGUUCAAACCGAUGGACAGGAUCUAUAAUCAAGUCCUAAUGUACCAAAAGAAGAAUGAAUCCUUGUUUGAGGAAAAUGAUGAUGAAACAAGGUAUUUUUGGAUUAUUCGGUUCCUUCGUUUAAGUCUUUUUUUUAAACAAUUUGAGUUUAUUGAGUUUUAUAAAGAGUUUUUGGACUUGUUCAUUUUGCAAAAGGAGCCGUUGCAGUAUUUGGUAUCUGAUACAUCUUUAAUCAAAUGCAAUCUUUUGGUCAUGUUUGGCAUGGUUUUGAUAUUUGUCAAACCAUUCAAUACGUUGAGCUUGUUGGAUAAUGAGAAUGACAAUCUACUCGAGCUUUACUAUGAAGACCCUAAUAAAAUCGAGUUUAAAUUAUACAACCAACUUAUGAAACCACUUAGUAACGGUGAUUUUCACCAGGUUAAGCAUGUGUUUGAGGAUACAAAUCUCGUGCAUUUACUUGUCUCUUAUUUGGAAUACAAUUUUCCAAUUUCAACAUCCAAAUUUUCCAGCAACUCGAGUUCUUUUGUUGACUAUAUCAAAUUGAUUAUUGACUUGAAAACGUUUCUAUCCAUUUUAUCAAGCACUAGAGCAAUUCCUCGGUUGAAAAUGUUGAGUUUAAUGGGGUAUGAUUUGAAGAAGAAGAAUGAGCUGGAACUAAAUGAGGUGUCGAAUCAUUUAAUUGGAGUCAUAUCAGCUCUUGGAUUAGGCCAGGUUGGAAUCGGGUAUUUGGCGAGUGAGCAGGUUUUUUACAACAAUGCCACGUCUGCUUCCAAUUCUCAAGUUGAACUUGUUUCCUUACAAGAGGAUAUAGAUCGAAUUAGUCACAACUUACAAGGUGACUCGCUAGCUACAUUAAUGACUAACCUGUUACUUGAAAAAUUCUACAGUUGA